GCGGAGGAUCCAGCUGGUGCCCGGCGUGGGACCGGCCCCGCUCGUCCGCCAGGGCUCGGGCGGGGGAGGCCCCCGGGACGCCGCACCCUUAUUGCGCGGUCGCGCCUGAAUGGCGCCAUCCCUGUGGACUGGCCACACGUGCAAACCGUCCCUGCAGGAUUCGCGCUCCGGCCACACGGGCGAUGUUGUUAAAAACGACUCUUCUGCUAUAAAUGGAGCCGACCCGCUGUGAAUGAACAGAGUAUUUGCCAAGCCCGGGCUUCAGUUAUGGUCUAUGACGAUACCAGUAAGAAAUGGGUGCCAAUAAAACCUGGACAGCAGGGAUUCAGCAGAAUCAACAUAUACCACAACACCGCCACGAACACCUUUAGAGUAGUUGGAGUUAAACUACAAGAUCAACAAGUAGUGAUUAAUUAUUCAAUUGUGAAAGGAUUGAAGUACAAUCAAGCAACACCCACCUUUCACCAAUGGCGUGAUGCACGGCAAGUAUACGGCUUGAACUUCGCAAGCAAAGAAGAGGCUACCACAUUCUCCAACGCAAUGCUGUUUGCUCUCAAUAUCAUGAACUCCCAGGAUGGAGGUCCAACUACCCAGCGCCAGGUGCAGAAUGGACCCUCUCCAGAUGAAAUGGAAGUGCAGAGAAGGCAAGUGAUGGAGCAGCAGCAGCAGCAGCAGCAACGCCAGGAGUCUCUGGAAAGAAGAACCUCUACCACAGUUUCCACACUUCAGAUAAAAGUGUGUUCUUCCCCCUCCCACUGCCAGUCUCCUCCUCCCGACUACAGUAACUGCAGCGCACCUACUUCAGCUGGCCCAGCCCCUCCACCACCGUCUUACGCCAGAGCUAUCUCUUCAACAUCUGCUGCCCCCAAGCCCAGUAAUAAAACCUCUUUCAGAUCCUCUGCCAGAGCCAGAGACUCCCCGCAGCUUCACCACAGACAUUCUGCCUCCGAGCUCUUGCCGUCCUCGGGCUCCUCCCCAGUCCUGCCGAGCCACAGGACUGUCACGCAAAGCAUCAAGCAAAUCUCAUUGUCUCCGCCCCCUGCCCCACCUUCCCAUUUUCCAUUGACCCCUCGCCAGCUCGUCAGACGGUCCUCUCUCUCAUACUCGCCUCAGUUGUCUUCUUCUCUGACAGUUACUUCCCCUGUACAGAAGGGUUUUGUCCUGCAGCCACAUAUUCCAGUAGUCCUUCCUGUGAUUCCUGUCCAGAAUGGCAGGAUCAGAGGCUCUACAGGUAUAACGGUCCAAGAAGCUUGUGCAGAUGUACCUCAGAUAGGCCUGAAUGGCCAACCCAAAGGACCUCUAACCACACAAAUUCCUCUAAACUCCUAUAGGACCCAGGUAGAAAGUGCAGAUGGGUCUUUCUUCUCAUACUUAGAAACUGUGCCCAUCUCCCAGCUGCCAGUUAUCCAGGCUCCUUCUCAGUCCUCCCAGACAUCCCCGCACCCUCCACAGCAAUUAUACCAGUCCAUGUCACACUUUGUCUCGUUACCUCCCACUUACGCUGCUGUGUCUGAGGUGAAUAUGUCCAAGAGGACCCCUCCUUACAUGAGUUCAUCAACCAUUUCCCAGUUGAGCCCCAUCCUUCCACCUGGUCAUCCUAGUGCUGCUGCUGCAAUCCCUGCAUCAUCCAGUGGACCGCCGCCUCCGCCACCCCCGCCAGUACCUCCUCCACCAAUGGGGGCUGCCCCGCCUCCCCCACCUCCACUGCCAGCAGGUGGAGCACAAGGUGCUGGCAGUGAUGACGGGUCAACGUCGGGAUUCGCAGCAGCUCUGGCUAGUGCCAAAUUACGGAGAGUACAGCGGCCAGAAGAUGGUUCAGGAGGCUCCAGUCCCUGUGGGGCCUCUAAGAGUGAUGCCAAUCGAACAAGUAGUGGUGGAGGCGGAGGAGGACUAAUGGAAGAAAUGAAUAAAUUACUGGCAAAAAGUCUCUCCAGGAGAAAAGCAGCAUCUCAGUCGGACAAGCCAGCUGACAAAAAGGAAGAGGAAAGCCAAAAUGAAGAUGCUAGCACCUCGCCUUUGCCCGUUACACGAGGUCCCAGCCAGCCACAGAAUUCUUCAGAACCAGGGAAGAAGCCAUGGGAAAGAAGCAAUUCUGUUGAAAAGCCUGUAUCUUCAUUACUCUCUAGAAAUCCGUCAGUGACGAAGAGUCCAGAUGUUAAGAGCCCAGUACAAUCUCAACCACCUUUUAGGAUGAAGCCAGUAAGCAGCAGCAAUGAUGUGGCUAUGGAUGCCUUAGAUUUUGAUCGAAUGAAACAGGAAAUAUUGGAGGAAGUUGUAAGAGAGUUACACAAAGUGAAAGAAGAGAUAAUUGAUGCCAUAAGGCAGGAGUUGAGUAGAAUCAGUACGACAUAAUGACUGCACAGUAUCUGGAAGGUACUAAGGAUGCUAAGAAGACUGGAUCAUUUCUAAAUGUACCAAGGUCAUGCAAGAUGGAGAAAAAAAGAGGACACCUGCACUGUCUUUGUUCUUAAACCCUUUUUAUUAGCAGACUCAGCACACUUUGAAGCUUGCUGCUGCCUUGGAUUUGCUUCAUUUUAAAAGUCUUAAUCUAAAAGAAUAUUCAAUUUUAAAUUUCUGGAUUUUUUAGAUUUCAUCUGACACUGCACAUUGGAUUUGUCAGCCUUUUUUGUAUUUUGUAUUUGCUUAUUUAAAUGUAUUACAUUUCUUUUUAGUAGUAGGUAAGACAACAUGUGAACCAUUUGCUUUUAAUAGAUGACUUCAAAGUAAUUUUAUUAGUAGUCUGCAAUGUAAAUGAAACCCUUUGCCAACAAAAAUGUAUUGUGGCAUCACCAGAAGAAACAGAGACACAUCAAUUGUCAACUGACAAAGUUUUUUGUCUCAGUUAUCACAAUAUUAAACCGGUACGUCAGUGCACCACAGUAUCUGUGUUCAUAUUGGUAAUAAACUGUUUAUCGUCCACACGGCCCUCUGCUGGUUUUAUUAGCCUCUGCAGCUUUGUACUUUUAGUCUCCUGUGUCACUCCAGUAGGUUUUCCCUUGGCACCACUGAACACAACAGUGAAGGUGCCUCUUGACUACCAAAAAAAAAAGUCACAUUUAUUUUUAAUAUAAGGAUCAGACAAGGCACAUCAAUACUGCAUUAGCCUGUCCUUGGAAUACAACUACACCAAGUGCUUCAGGUUCACAGAGCAGGCAGCUUAUAUCUUGUCCCUCUCUGAACACUAGCUCUCAGUGCAACCACUCUAGCAGCUCUGCAGCAGGUCCACAAGGGAGGCUUCAAGACUUGCCAGCCUCGCCUGUCUCCUCACCACUUUCUUACUCUGCCCAGGCACAAGCAGCCAUCUAGAAAUACUGCCUACCGGUCUCCACUCGGAGUCCUUAGUAGCCUUAGCAACUUCAUCUGGUCAGAAUACAGAGAUUGUACAACAGUUUUCGAACUGCACUGCCCUGUUUCAGCCUGCUGCUCCUCUUAGACACCAUAAGUCAGGGAUGGGCAAAAUACGGCCCGCAGGCUGAAUCCAGCCCGUGAGGCCAUUCUAUCUGGCCUGCAGGGCCCCUAAAAAUUUAGAAAAUUAAUAUUUC